GGUGGAUCGAAGGUAUAAAUACACACUUCCCCGCAUUAUCAGAUUCAAUCUCCUCUCUAUUAUGAAUGUUUUCACCUGUUGUGAUUUCACCCUUUUACUGUUCUGUAUCAUCACGCAAUAAGGUGCAAUUCACUCAUUCCUGGCGGAGUUAGCUCAAGUUAAAACAAAGAAAUUCUACGGCUGUAUUUUCAGUGGAUUCUGACGACCACAUAAAACACCGUCCUUUGAUCCAAGUCCAUCUCAAACCAGCAAAUUCUCAAAUACUGGAUUUUAUUCGUAUCUCGAAGCAUCCUAAAUCACUCAAAAUGGCCGCUUUACCUCAAUACCUUGCCGAAGAAGAGCUUCAUCGGGCUUCAUUGUCUUCUAUCCGGUCGGCCAACCUCUCUCACGGCCGUGGCGGCGUCGGUAAUAUUGGCACUUCUGCCCAUGAUGAUGAGCCUCUCGCCCUGAGCACACCUACCAUCAAAAGCGACAUUUACACUACCGGCCGCGGAGGAAGUGGAAAUAUGGCGAAGAAUACAGACCCUGAAUCGGCCAGGCGGGCGCAAGAUGUGGUUGGCAAUCCAAGAAGGGAAUCUUCAUCAUCAAGUCACGUCGGUCGGGGCGGAGCAGCAAAUGUUUUCAGACCAAGCGAGGCUGAAAUUGCAGCAGCACGCAAAGAUACCAAGUGGGAUAAUGCAAUCUCAGACGAAGAUGAGCUUGAUUACAGCAAGCUGGAUAACAAGCUCGAUGCCCAGAAAGGUCUAGCUGACAAAGGCAAGGCUUGGUUGAAGGAAAGAAUAGGCAAGGCUUAGACAAUUUGAUGGGAGUCUUAAACAUAGGAUGGGAUGAUACCAGGCGUCGAAGGAUUUGAUCAAGUUUGGGAGAUAUGAUGUGCCCCUCGCCGAUGGCUGGCAUUGCACAGUUUGAGCAUCAUCAUGUGGCAAGAAUUGCGGCUUUACUUUAUGAACAUAAGGCUUCAGGGGCCAACGGUUAGAUGCGGCUUCCAAUAUAAUUGCAAUGAACAUAUAGGUUCUCUGACCA